AUGAACACCCCUUCUGCCAAAAUCAAUCCGGAACUCAUCGACCAAUUGUACGGAACUUGGACCUUUGUGUCUCAAUCCGAAGCAGACUUGGGAUAUUACAAAGCCAAGGCAUAUUUGGUGGUUCAUUUCAUGCCGGAUCCGUCUCAGACAUUGGGAUGUUCCAAGGACGGUUGUUCCGAAUUUCAGAAUCAACUCUGUCAAGGCGGAGGAUCCGCUUGUGUCAAUACCGAGACGACGCCAGUCGAAUGGAGUGAUGUGGCUGCACUGUAUCAGUUUGGGUUUCAGGUCGACACUGGUGCUGUCGUGAAGAGUCAUUUUCGGCAGGGUACUGGGGAUUGGUUGGGUCCUUACAAUGUCAUUCUAGCGGAAGCGCCAAAAAGUAAUAGUAGUGGUGGUAGUACUAGUAGUCUUGAACAACAAGAAGAGACUGCAGAAGCGAGACGAAGGCUUGGUGACGCAAAUGGCUCAACAGAUGAUGAUGGCUCAUCAACCACCACAACAACAGAAAAAGGAGCAUCAUCACCUUUAUAUGUGUCCCGGCUAGUCCAAACGGCAUCCAGUCAAUUUUUGAAACCACCUCCUCAGGGCAACAUUAUCUCGGAUGAUCUCUUUGAUGAAUAUGCUGGACUUGAGGCCAUUCAAAAUACCAUAACGACCCAAACGUCGUAUCCAUUGGAUCUAUCCACUGCGGAAGACCCAUACGCCAAGCAAUUAAAUACUUGUGACAAUGGCAAUUUACAACCAGUUCUACCACGGUUUACCAUUCAAGCAGGAACACCAAAGGUUGUUCAUUAUGAUGAUGAUGUUGAUGGUGCCAACACCACCAGUACAUUCACUACUACUACUACUACCACGUCUGCUCUACCACGAGCACAGUCUAAUACAUUGGAAUUCUCGCUACGGUAUCCCAUUCUCAGUUUGCCCUUUACCAAUAAGAACGACAACAAGAGCGACAACAAUAACGGCAAGAGCAAGAGCAACAGUAAUCCAUUGACCAAAUGGUGGCCCACCUUGCAAAAGCGAUUGACCAAACCGAAAAUAGUCCAUGGACCCUAUUGCUACAAUGGCGCAUUGGAAGCGUAUACCAUUGACCUGAAUUUUGCCAAGCAGGGACAAGACCCCGCCUGGGAAUUUGUCAAGGGAUGUGUGAAUGGUCUUCCCUGUUGGCAACCCGAUGCGCCGGCAGCUGCUCCCGACCAUCACUAUCCAGGGAUUCCGGAUGGGACUGCUUCCUCUCUAUUAAAGUGGGUCAAUUUGCAAUUGGGAGCGCCUGGAUUGAUUGCACUCUCUGUACUAUUGGCAAUGUCACUGAUUUGCAAUUUACGAUUGUGUUGCAAGAUUAAGCGACGACGACGACAGUCACAAUCACAAUCCCAGUCACAAUUACAGUCACAAGGCGAUGAGGAAGGUGGAGCUGUUGGAGCUGGUACAACAAGUAGUAGUAGUAGUAGUAGUAGAGAUGCAACAGGCAACACCAACAUGACGACUCCAAGAAGACAAAGGAGGCAACCUAGUAGACCGACUGCUGCUGCUGCUACCACACGUCAAUCACAACAAUCACAAUCACAACAGCCCAGAAGCGCCCAGAUCCUGACUCCCAGCAGACUGAUGAAAAGGGAACCUACCAGUGAUGAACCAGCAGCAGCAGCAGCAGCAGCAGCCUCUGAAAUGCACACUCCCUUGUUGCCCAAAACGAAGAAGAAGAAGAUGAACAAGAAUGGCAACAACAACAACAACAACGAGAAGAAUACUCAUGCGGAUCCCAGCGCCCCUUUACCUCCGCCCAUGGAUCGAACUCCUGCUUCCAAGAAUCCUCCAGUCAGUAGCAAUAUUAUGGAUCGAACCCCUAUUGCCACCAAGGUAGCAGGACCAAAGAAGAAGAAGAAGACGACGACGACGACGAAGGAACCCAGCAAAGCUUCUAUUAAUACUACGACUAGUACUACUAGUGCGGAUAUCGGUACUGCUUCGACGGCAAUCCCAGAGGAAGGAACGACCACGGCAUAG